CUGCAACUUCCAUCUCCAGAACCUUCUCCGAGCUCCUUUCAUUCUGCUCUCUUAAACCCUUCUAAAACCCUACGCCGUAUCUCAAUUAGCUCUUCCAUCCAUUUCCCCACUCCGCAUUCCUCAUCUUCAAGCCGCCGAAUAUGCACAGGCUCUCGAGGCGAUCCGUCUCCGCUGUCCUGCGCCUCCGCCACCGCACCUCCGCCUCCGACUCGGGUACAUACAAUGAUGCCAAGUUCCGGUUGUACUCUUCCGGGACCGCUAGGAGGCUUGGUGUGGUGGGAACGUCUCAGUCGUUAGCGUUCGGAGAUGGUUCGGCUUUUGGUAGAAGAUACGAAUCGACUGCAACCGCAUCUGCUUCACCUCCAGCUGAGAAGUACGAGUAUCAAGCAGAGGUCAGUCGUCUUAUGGACCUCAUCGUGAACAGCUUAUACAGCAACAAGGAAGUGUUUCUUCGGGAGCUCAUAAGCAAUGCAAGUGAUGCUUUGGAUAAACUAAGAUUUCUCAGCGUCACCGAUCCUGAGAUCCUGAAAGGCGCAGAGAUGGAUCUUGACAUUCGCAUUCAAACAGACAAAGAUAAUGGAAUUGUGACAAUCACUGAUACAGGUAUUGGUAUGACUAGACAAGAACUGGUGGACUGUCUUGGAACUAUUGCUCAGAGUGGAACAGCAAAGUUUUUGAAGGCACUGAAGGAUAGCAAGGAUUCUGGCUCUGACAGCAAUUUAAUUGGCCAAUUUGGUGUUGGAUUUUAUUCAGCAUUCCUUGUUGCUGAUCGGGUGGUUGUCUCAACAAAGAGCCCAAAAUCAGAUAAACAGUAUGUGUGGGAAGGGAAGGCCAACUCUAGCUCCUAUUCCAUUCGGGAGGAAACUGACCCGGAGAAGCUCAUUCCAAGAGGAACUCACCUAACCUUGUAUCUCAAGAAUGACGACAAAGGUUUUGCUCAUCCAGAGCGAAUUCAGAGGCUUGUGAAGAAUUAUUCACAGUUUGUUUCUUUUCCCAUCUAUACUUGGCAAGAGAAGGGAUAUACUAAAGAGGUUGAGGUUGAUGAAGAUCUUGCUGAAGCAAAGAAGGACGGGGAAGAUGAGAAAGCUGAGAAACAGAAGAAAACUAAGAAAGUGAUUGAAAAAUACUGGGAUUGGGAGCUUACAAAUGAGACUCAACCAAUAUGGCUUCGAAGCCCUAAAGAAGUUUCUACUGAAGAGUACAACGAAUUUUACAAGAAAACUUUUAAUGAGUACCUGGAUCCACUUGCAUCAUCACAUUUUACUACUGAGGGUGAGGUUGAGUUCAGGUCAAUCUUAUAUGUUCCAGCCGUCACUCCUAUGGGAAAGGAUGACAUGCUCAAUCCAAAGACUAAAAAUAUAAGGCUUUAUGUGAAGAGAGUCUUCAUUUCAGAUGACUUCGAUGGGGAACUGUUCCCUCGAUAUUUGAGCUUCAUCAAAGGUGUCGUGGAUUCGAAUGACCUCCCUCUUAAUGUCUCGCGAGAAAUUCUUCAGGAAAGUCGAAUUGUGCGAAUUAUGAGGAAGCGGUUGGUCAGGAAGGCCUUUGACAUGAUUCUUGGCAUAUCAUUGAGCGAGAACAGAGAGGAUUAUGAGAAGUUCUGGGAUAACUAUGGAAAAUUCUUGAAACUGGGCUGCAUUGAAGAUCGGGACAACCACAAGCGUAUUGCUCCUUUGCUUCGAUUUUUCUCUUCGCAAAGCGAGGAAGAUUUGAUCAGCUUGGAUGAGUACGUAGAGAAUAUGAAAAGUGAGCAGAAGGACAUCUAUUACAUUGCUGCUGACAAUGUGGCAAGUGCAAAGAACACCCCUUUCCUGGAGAAACUUCUUGAGAAGGAUCUUGAGGUUCUGUUUCUUGUUGAUCCCAUCGAUGAGGUUGCUAUCCAGAACUUGAAGUCAUACAAGGAGAAGAACUUUGUCGAUAUUAGCAAGGAAGACCUCGAUUUAGGUGAUAAGGAUGAGGAGAAGGAAAAGGUGAUGAAGCAGGAAUUUGGCCAAACCUGUGACUGGAUAAAGAAACGUUUGGGAGAAAAGGUUGCGAGUGUCCAAAUAUCAAAUCGACUGAGCUCAUCUCCGUGCGUUCUUGUAUCUGGUCGGUUUGGUUGGUCUGCCAACAUGGAGAGGUUAAUGAAGUCACAGACUAUGGGGGAUCCAUCCAGCCUGGAGUUCAUGAGGAGUCGGAGAGUGUUUGAGAUCAACCCUGAGCACCCGAUUAUGAGAAACUUGAGUGCUGCUUGCAAGAGCAAUCCUGACGACGAGGAAGCACUCAGAGCAGUCGAUCUCUUAUACGAUGCAGCUUUAGUUUCAAGCGGCUUUACUCCCGAGAACCCAGCACAGCUCGGUGGGAAGAUAUACGAGAUGAUGGGCAUUGCACUUUCUGGGAAAUGGUCGUCACCAGCAGGAUAUCAGCAUUCUGUAGCAACCCAGUCUCAGGUUCCAUUAGAAGCUGAGAUAGUCGAGCCGGUCGAAUCCAGUGGCCAGAAAUGAGUGCUAUAGUCCUUUUUUUCCUUUUUCAUUAUAUUUGUCUGAGGGAAAUAUGUUACGAUUGAGGAAUAUUCGUGUUCUGGCGUAGUUUGAGAAUGGAGGGACAGACCAAACGGAUUUGGUAUUCGGUAUAAGCUUUCAAGGUGCUGCACUUCAUAUGGUCGGGAUCUUCCUUUAUUAUUUCUGAUCAAGCUGCCAUCUAAAAUUAUAUCAGCACAUGAAACAUCACAUCUAUUUCAUGGGUUU